AUGUUUCGCUCGCGUGGCUACCUGCGGCUUUCUGGUGGCGCCGCCUCAGAGUCCUCGUCAUCUACCUCCCCAGAACGCGUGGUCGACGAUGAUACGGAUUUCUUUAUCCAGGCGAACGAUUCGCAGUCCUCUGUCGGUGUUGGAAAUCUGCGGGACCUACGAGUCGAUGGCCGAGAUGUCACGCUUCCGCCUAUUUCUCGGCUACCUCCUGAGCUCCUUAUUGCCAUUUUUGCGAAACUUUCGUCCCCUGCGGAUAUGCUGAACUGUAUGACGGUUUGCCAGAGAUGGGCAUCACACUGUGUGGGUUUGCUGUGGCAUCGACCAUCGUGUAAUACAUGGGAGAAUUUGAAGAAAGUCGCCGGUGCCAUCAGCACGCCGGAUAGCUAUUUUCCAUACUACGAUCUGGUUAAACGGCUGAAUCUUUCGUCCUUGAGCUCCAAGGUCAACGAUGGCACAAUAAUCUCGUUUGUCCAGUGUAAAAGAAUUGAAAGACUAACGUUGACAAACUGCCUCCUGUUAACUGACACUGGAGUCUCUGAUCUUGUUGAUGGGAAUCGUCAUCUUCAAGCACUAGAUGUCUCAGACUUGAAGAGCCUCACGGACCAUACGCUUCUAAUCGUUGGUCGGAAUUGCCCUAGACUCCAAGGUUUGAAUGUGACUGGUUGUGAGAAAAUAACCGACGACUCACUUGUAUCGCUCGCUCGGAAUUGCCAUCAGAUUAAAAGAUUAAAACUGAACGGCGUCCAUCAAGUCACCGAUCGAGCGAUUGCAGCGUUUGCUGAAAAUUGUCCUUCGAUGCUUGAGAUCGACCUUCAUGGCUGUAAGCUGAUAACGAACACGGCUGUAACCCACCUUCUGUCGACCCUUCGGUAUCUCCGAGAGCUACGGCUUGCUCAUUGCGUCGGCAUUACCGAUGACGCAUUCCUGAAUUUGCCGGACGGAAUAGUAUUUGAUAGCCUUCGCAUCUUAGAUCUAACCGCUUGUGAAAGUGUGGGAGAUAGCGCGGUUGAGAAGAUCAUCAAUUCGGCCCCGAGAUUACGAAAUCUUGUUUUGGCCAAGUGCAGGUUCAUCACCGACCGUGCAGUUCAAGCGAUUUGCCGGUUGGGCAGGAACAUACACUAUGUUCACCUCGGUCACUGCUCUAAUAUUAGCGACGCUGCAGUUAUUCAACUUGUCAAAUCAUGCAACCGUAUCCGAUACAUAGAUUUAGCCUGUUGCCACAGAUUGACCGAUGAGAGCGUGCAGCAAUUAGCAACGCUACCGAAACUACGAAGAAUAGGCCUGGUCAAGUGUCAGGCGAUUACUGACCGAAGUAUCAAUGCAUUGGCCAAGCCACGCAUUCCCCAGCAUCCAUUAGUCAGUUCUCUGGAACGGGUGCACUUGAGCUAUUGCGUUAAUCUUACUACUGACGGGAUUCAUGAGUUACUUAAUCACUGCCCUCGGCUUACACACCUCAGUUUGACUGGAGUUCAUGCAUUUCUGCGAGAAGAGCUAACUACUUUUUGCCGAGAACCUCCUGCCGAAUUUACUGCACAGCAAAGGGAAGUUUUUUGUGUUUUUAGUGGUGCAGGGGUUAAACGACUCAGAGACUUCUUAAAUCAAACGGCAACAGCUUACCAUCGUGAAUUGGAGCUGGAAGAAGGAACGAUGUUUGAUGAUGCUGAGGAACUUGAUGAGGAAGAAGGUCAAGUCACCGGCCUUAUGAAUGCCACCGUUCUUAAUGACGACGAUACCGAAAGCCCCGAAGAAACAGUACCUCCUACGCAAAGCUAG